AUUCACUUGUAAUUCGACAUUUUUUUGGAAUCAUCGUGAUUUUUGAGGGUAAUUCAUCAGUGCAAGUGCGUCUCAGGGUUCAGGAAGUAUAUUCUUGGAGGUCGUUGGGUUAUUAUCGAGUCGAGCUGUCUCGCACGGUUUUGAGCUUCAUGGAGAAACAAGACGGUGGCCCACGAGAGGAGUGGUUAGCUGAAGUGGGCUCACACAUCCAGAGGGUCUCAAUGAAUAAUUUAAUAAUGAAUUAUUUAGUCACAGAGGGUUUUAAAGAAGCAGCCGAAAAAUUCCAACAAGAGUCUGGUGUUGGACCAACAGUAGAGCUGAACUCGAUGGACGACAGGAUUCGCAUUCGCGAUGCAGUCCAGAAUGGCAGAAUCCAGGAGGCCACGGAUCUCGUCAAUCAACUCCAUCCUGAGUUACUUGAUAAUGACAGAUAUUUGUAUUUUCACUUGCAACAGCUGCACCUCAUUGAACUCAUUCGCACUGGGCGAAUAGAGGAGGCAUUGCAAUUUGCCCAAGAUCAACUUAGUGAGGCUGGUGAGUCGGACGAUAAUAUUUUGAGUGAACUGGAGCGAACUUUGGCUUUAUUGGCAUUUGAGGAACCUAUGAAGAGCCCUUUCAGUGAUUUGCUUCAUCCAUCUCACAGACAAAAGAUUGCAAGUGAAUUAAACACUGCAAUUUUAAAAAUGGAGCAUAGAGAAUCAACAAGUCCAAGGCUAAAUAAUCUCCUGAAGAUGAUAUUGUGGGCGCAGGAUGAACUGGACAAGAAAAAAGUCAAAUAUCCAAAAAUGACCGAUCUGGGGAGUGCAGCUAUCGAGAAUCCUAAGUAAUAAACUCAAUCCUUGAAUUAAAAAAAAAACAUUUUUAACAAGAAUUCAGAGCUACGAUUAUUUAUUCAUAUAUUGGUCUCAAAAGACUGUAACGAUUGUCUAAGUAUAAGUAGAACAAUGAGAAAACGAAUAAAAAUAAUGGUUAUUAAUAA